AUGAAUAAUCCGCGGGAUCAUCUGCACUGCAGCAGAAGAGGCUGUACCUACACGACGAACAGAGCGUACAACUUAGAACGGCACGAGCGGAACCAUGAUAAAGGCAAGGUGCCAAUAUCGCAAUGUCAGCCAUGUCCGCAUUGCACAUAUGCCGCUGGAUCUCUGCACAACUUAAUGCGUCAUAUAAGUAAGAAGCACACAGGAACGAUUGUUAAGACCCAGCAACAGGCUAUAACAAGACAACCACCACAACCGCCGCCAUCACAUGAUCAACCAACUGAGCUACCUAACACACAAAAGUCUACGUCAAAUGUAGAACCAAGUCCCGAGGCGAAACAGACUGUGCAACAGGCAGUGGAUCGAACUGCGGAUGCCUCCCUUUGGUUUUGGACUACACCGCAGCAACUGGAAAAAAAUUUUAUAAGGCGCAGCGGCCUUAAGGGCGAAUGCAUGAUAUUAGAGCGCAGAGUCAAUCUGUUCAAAUUGUACGCGUUGGUGCAAGCGCGUGGAGGAGCUCUUGACGUGGACGAAUGGGAUGAUGUUGCAGCAGCACUGAAUCUGCCGCCAGGAUCAGGCUGCAAUGUUGGUGUCAAGUAUAUGGAGGUGUUAUUCGAAUUUGAAAAGAAAGAGGAAGAACGCUUACAGGAAUGCCAAAAUGUCCCAGGUGUGCCGCCUUGGUGGGACGACGGCGAUUUGAUCAGCGACGAUGUCAAUUGUUUGUCCGAGAGCAAAGUAUUGUGUAGCCAAUGGUGGAAAAAUAUGAAUCGACCUUUUCUUACUGUACAAAAUGCUGUAAUUAAAUUGAUUUAUGAUAAGUAUUAUUGUAAUCACUUAAGCAACAGCAAACCGUUUCAGCGGUUCUGCAUAAAAGACUCCUGGCUUCGCGCCACAAUGUUAAAUUAUCAAGAGCUAAAGUAUCAACUAAAUUUCAAACAUAGUUCGACUUCCUGACUGUUUAAUUUUAGAAAUUGUAGCAUUACUGAUUUAUGUAAUACAUAUAUAAUUAGAUAUCAAAUAUGCCGGCCUAGAGAUAUUUAAUUUGGAUAGAUUCAAAACAAAGCGAAGUUGGCGGCGUGCUAAAAUGGUA